UAAGCAAACCACCUUUUCUGUUUCCUCCGUCUUGCUAUCUGUUCACUCCAAUCUCUUAAGACCUUCAUGAGCUGGUGCUUAUACGUGCAGUUUUCACCCCAUCCUUGGAAUAAAAUGUACAAAACUGACACCUACCGAUUAAUGAGCGUUUUACACCACCGAAAUGUGGCGUCACGUGAUUUUACUUCCGCAACUCAUGACACCACUCAUUCAAAACGAGAGUGUACUCAGGGAAGUAGCUACUGCAGCUCACAGUGUUCAUGUAUAUGCUGCAUGUGAAGUUAGAUUAAUUUAAAUGUACACUUGAAGCGGAACGGCAGGCUGUUGUUAGGAUUCCACAUGUCUUUGUUUACAGCUGGAGGCGCACUGCUGCUGCUGCUGGUGUUUGGACAGUCGCUUGGUGCACCUCGUUCCUUCAGCGUGGACUACAAGAGCAACUGCUUUCGGAAAGAUGGAGAAGAGUUUCGUUAUAUAUCAGGAAGCAUCCAUUACAACAGGAUCCCCAGAGUCUACUGGAAAGAUCGACUGCUGAAGAUGUACAUGGCCGGACUGAAUGCGAUCCAGACGUACAUUCCGUGGAACUACCAUGAGGAGUCUCCAGGCCAGUACAAUUUUAGUGGAGAGAAGGACGUGGAGUAUUUCCUUCAGCUCGCUCAAAAAAUUGGUUUACUGGUCAUCCUGCGGCCAGGACCUUACAUAUGUGCAGAGUGGGACAUGGGUGGACUGCCCGCUUGGCUUCUUACCAAGAAAGACAUUGUGCUGCGCUCUUCAGAUCCAGAUUACAUCGCGGCAGCAGAUAAGUGGAUGGGAAAGUUACUGCCUAUGAUAAAGCCUUAUCUGUAUCAGAACGGUGGUCCUAUCAUCACUGUACAGGUGGAGAAUGAAUACGGCAGUUACUUUGCCUGUGACUACAACUACUUGCGUCAUCUGUCAAACCUGUUCCGAACCCAGCUGGGGAAGGAGGUGGUGCUCUUCACCACAGAUGGGGCUGGGGUCGGUUAUCUCAAAUGUGGCUCAAUACAAGGUCUCUAUGCCACUGUAGACUUUGGGCCAGGCACAAAUGUAUCUGCUGCCUUUGAUGCACAGAGACACGCUGAACCUCACGGACCUUUGGUGAACUCCGAAUUUUACACUGGGUGGCUGGACCACUGGGGAUCACGUCACAGCACCGUGUCGUCUGCAGCCUUGGUCAAGUCCCUGAACGAGAUCCUGGCCAUGGGAGCAAACGUCAACCUGUACAUGUUCAUAGGAGGAACAAACUUUGGAUACUGGAAUGGUGCCAAUGAACCAUAUGGCGCACAGCCUACGAGCUACGACUAUGAUGCACCGCUCACAGAAGCAGGGGACCUCACAGAGAAGUACUUUGCUAUUCAAGAGGUGAUCAAAAUGUACCAUAAAAUACCAGAGGGACCAAUACCACCAACAACUCCAAAGUAUGCAUAUGGGGCUGUUGUGAUGAAAAAGCUCCAGACAGUAUUAGAUGCCUUAGAAAAACUGUCCUUCUCCGGCCAAGUCAAAAGCCUGUAUCCUCUGACUUUCAUUGAACUGAACCAGGCUUUUGGUUAUAUCCUCUACAGGACUACUCUGCCUGUUAAUUGCACCACGCCGACUCCACUGUCAUCUCCGCUGAACGGAGUCCAUGACAGAGCAUAUGUGUUGGUGGAUGGGAUGGCUGUGGGGAUUCUUGAAAGGAACAGAGCCAUAACUGUAAAUGUGACUGGGAAGGCUGGCAGUCAGGUUGACAUACUGGUGGAGAACAUGGGCCGCAUCAACUAUGGAAAAGGCAUCAAUGACUUCAAGGGUUUGGUGUCCAACCUGACUCUGGGGAAAGACACACUCACUGGCUGGACCAUGUACAGUCUCAAUAUUGAUGAAGCAGUCAAGCAGGGCCUCCUCGGGGACAGAGAGGCCACACCAGCAGACCCUCCUCAGCCUGUUGCUUUCUCUUCUCCAGCCUUCUACAGUGGCAGCUUCAUCAUCCCUGAUGGCAUCCCAGACCUUCCCCAGGACACCUACAUCAAGCUGCCCAAAUGGAAAAAGGGCCAGGUCUGGAUUAACGGCUUUAAUAUUGGACGCUACUGGCCAGCUCGGGGCCCUCAGGUGACGCUUUUCGUUCCUGCUUACAUCCUCAGCACAGCUGCACCCAACAAUGUGACUGUCCUGGAACUGGAAGAAGCUCCUUGCAACUCGGAGCCGUGCACGGUGGAGUUUACUGCCACCCCCAUCCUGAAUGCAACAGUGCACUCUGAUUACAAACAGAGCAGGAGAUUGUUUGUUAAAGAGGAUUUGUUGUGAUAUUAAGGGAACUCACUGCUGCACAAAACCAAUUAAUUUGCACUGCUUGCUGUUGUACAUUCCCAGAACAGCACUUGUCAUAUAAACUGAAUAUAUAGUUGAUUCUUAAAGAUCUGUUUUAUGGUACUGAAUGUUAAAGGAGACUGAUGAUUGAAUGUGUCUUGUGAAUGUGAAUGCCAAGUGCUUUUUUUUACCAUCACUUCAAUGUUCAAAUUUUUUCACAGGGAUUACAGCACUGCCAUGAAACAGGAGUCUGUCUUUCAGAGAAUGUUUUAUGUGAAAAACCAGGGAAAUACUGCUGAUAUGCAGCUUCCAUAGAUCUUAAACAACUUUGCAUAUAUGCUGAAUCUGUAUGAUUUAAUAAUAAAGUUCCUCUCAGAAAGGUAA